GUUGGAGUGCGGAGUGCACGCGUGGUGCGGCGUGCAGUUUGCAACUGGGGGCGGCGGAGGGGCGGCCGCGCGAGGGGUGCGAGCAGGCGCCGGCCGACCAAGGGUGGGUCGCGCUCGCGAUCAAUACAGCAUCCAGUCGUGUAGCUCUGCUCAGACAUCUUGGUCGCCACUCGCACCGCCAACCUCAAAACCUUUUGCAAAAAUUCUGCAGCGAACCGCCGACCGCCGGCGCCAGGUGCGUCGCCCUGAGAUCGACCUACAGCCACUCUUUCGAAGGAUGCAGAAUUGGCUUGCACAUCGCUACGUUUCGUCGAUUCGUUUUUAACUGAAUUUAAAUGAGGAUGUGGGUGAGAUGAAGGGGCGUCUUUCCGCAUGGCGAGCAGCAUGCCAGUGAGCGAGGCGACGAACGAAGCGGUGACGACGGGCCCUCGCGGCGGCGAUGAGCAGCCGGCGCCGCAGGACCCCUCGGAGGAGGGCGGCGUCGGCGGCGGCUCCGUCCUCAUCCGCAUCCACGUGCCCGAGCUCAACAUCAACAAGUGCCUGCAGUUCGCGCGAGAGGAGCUCAUCUGGAACGUCAAACAACAGUGCCUCGCCGCCCUCCCGAAGGAAUUGAAGGAGAGCUUCAACUAUGGCCUAUUCGUUCCGCCGGCCAACGGCAAGGCCGGAAAGUUUUUGGACGAGGAGCGUCACCUCACCGACUACCCAUUCAGCGGACCCGUCGGCUACCUCGAGCUCAAAUACAAGAGACGUGUCUACAAGAUGCUGCAUCUGGAUGAGAAGCAGCUCAAAGCUCUGCACACGAGGACCAACUUGCGACGCCUGCUCGACUACGUCACGAACCGGCAGGUGGAGAAAAUCUCCAAAAUGUGCUCCAAGGGUCUCGACCCUAACUUCCACUGUGCUGAGACUGGAGAAACGCCCCUGACCGUGGCAGCGGCGACGCCGCGGUCGUCGCGCGUGCUGCUCGCGUUGGUGAACGGGGGUGCGUUGCUCGACUACCGCACGCGCGAUGGCACCACCUCGAUGCACCGCGCCGUUGAGAAAAACAACUUCGAGGCCAUCAAAACGCUGCUGGACCUCGGCGCGUCGCCCAAUUACAAGGACUCCAAGGGCCUCACUCCGCUCUACUUGUCCAUGAACCCGAACGUCGAUCCGAUGCUAUGCGAGGCCCUUCUGCACGACCACGCCGUUGUUGGCGCUCAGGAUGCGCAGGGCUGGCAGGAGGUUCAUCAGGCGUGUCGUCAUGGACUAGUCCAGCAUUUGGAGCACUUGCUCUUCUACGGGGCGGAUAUGAACGCCCGAAACGCUUCAGGCAACACGCCUUUGCAUGUGUGCGCUGUCAACGGACAGGACAGCUGCAGCCGACUGCUCCUAUUUCGCGGAGCCGACCGGGAGGCCCUCAAUUACGCCAACCAAACUCCUUAUCAGGUGGCUGUGAUUGCUGGGAACCUGGAGUUGGCCGAGACAAUCCAGAAGCACCGUCCUGAAGAGGCCGUCCCCUUCCGAGAGCCUCCCCGGUACAACCCCAAACGCCGUCCCGCGAGCGCCAUCUUCCUGCCGAGGAGCGGCUCGGUGCUCGACUUCCAGUCGGCGCUGCCGUCGUCGGCGUCGUGCCUGACGUUGACGUCGUCGACGCAACGCAGCCUUCCGCCCAGCUCCAUGUCGAGCCACGCGCUGCUGUGCGCCGCCUCCACCCCGCCUCCUCCCCCGUCCCCGUCGCCCUCAGACAGGUCGAACCCUCCGUGCUUCAGCUCGGGCUGCUCCAGUCUCAGCGAGGCCAGUUCCAACCGCGGCAGCGAGGGAUCCAGCGAAGACCCGGCCAGCAUCGUUACAGACAAAAGCCUGCUUGAUCAGUGCGACAUCAUUAGCGACAGUUCUGGCGUCGGCACCUCCAACAGCGGAGGCAGCGGCGGCGGCUACGACACGGGCGCCGGCCUCCUCUUGGCGGGGGUCACGGCCGUGUGUGUCGAAAACUACAGCUCCAACACGCCCGGACACUUGUGCUUGACGCAGGGAGACAUUGUAGAAGUGACUGGUGCAACCGAUUGCGGGCUGCUUGAAGGUACCUGCCGCGGGCGCAGCGGCCUCUUCGCCGCCCACUGCGUGCAGGAGGUUCGAAUGCGGCAAAAUGUCAACUCGGCCACCCUGAGGGUGGGAGGGCGUCGCGAGAACAAGAUGAACCACUUCGCCACCGCCCCCAGGUCCAAAAAGCCCAUCACCAUCCGACUGCCCUCGGAGCCGCGGACGGUCGUGCUCCACCGCUCUAGAAAGGGCUUCGGCUUCGUGCUGAGGGGCGCCAAAGCCACGUCACCCCUCAUGGAACUCACCCCCUCUGAAAGGUGUCCUGCCCUGCAGUAUUUGGACGAUGUGGACGCCGGUGGGGUGGCGGAUGUGGCAGGACUGAAAAAGGGCGACUAUCUGCUAGAGAUAAAUGGCGAGGACGUGACGCAAGCGUCGCACGAACACGUGGUCGAGCUUAUCAGGCGGUCUGGCGACCUGGUGGCCAUGAAGGUGGUUUCCCUGGGCGAACCGGGCGUUGCGACCGGCAUGAAGGCGGCCACCACGUUGCCCAGUAGGCAGUGCGCCACCCUUCCCAGGAAGUUGAAUGCUCAAAAUCGUAACCCAGCGCCACUACCACCUCGCAGGGAUCCUAAGACAACGCUAAGUGUGGGCAGAGCUCGGGCCAGAUCUUUGGUGGCAGAUUUAGAUGGAAACCAGCAGCAAAACUCGAGCCAACUGGACGAAGCAGACAGUGAAGAUGUGACCCUGUCGGCAAACACAACAAAGAGCAGCUCGACUGAAAGUGUGCAGGCAAGAGGGACGCCUCCGAGGACGGCGUCCAUCAGGGCGAGACCAACCUCGUCUCGAAUCACGGCCGCCGAACUGGAGGAGCUGUUUGCGCGCCAAGGACCUGCGCCACCUUCCCCAGCGGGAAGCGCCAGGACGCCCAAGGUCUAUGCCAGCGUGGCUGAAAUGAAACGCUCCAGAGGAAAGCUGGGACGUCGCGGGGCGUCGGACACGCUGCACAAGUCCUUCAGCAGCACCCCCGACUUGGCGCACGUCAGCCCAACGCAUGCAGGCGCGCGAAUGUGGUCGUCGCGGGGCGCGCGGAGUCAGGAGGACAUCUCGUGGUGGGUGCAGCCCACGCAAACUUCUGCCAAGCACAGAAGGACAAAAGUUAACAAGAAAGGUCACAUCGGGACGACGGCGAUGACGAACGGAGGCCGCGAGUACGGCCACGCGUGGCGCAGCAUGGAGCGGCUGCACAUGGAGCACGAGGCGGUCACUCGUUCCCUGUCGCAGCGCACCCGCUCCCUGCCGAGGAACCGCUCGCUCGCCGGCGCCGCACCACCCCCGCCCACCCACCCUCCGCCACCCAUUCCUGUCGGCCAGGUCGUCAGAGUCGAGGUCUCGCCACGCACCAAGAGCAGCAGCGAGUACGCCACCGUCAGGGACUCGCCCGUCGGCCAGCAAGCAGACAGUCGAACUGCAACUCCUACCAGUCCUGAGCCAAUCAUGUCCAGCUUCAGGCCGGGCCCUGCCAAACUAUACGCCAGUCCUGAAGAGGUAAAGGUCGUGGCUUUGCGGCAGGGUUCGAGCACCCUGGGCCGGACGCCAAAGGAAGGUGCCAAAUCUCGAUCGCACAGUCUUCCACCCAGUGGCGCCAGACCCUUGGUCCGAAAGCACAGCCAAGGUGAGGGCAGCACCACUUUCAAGCCCCCGGCGGAUGGGGCGCCAGCCUCCCCUGAGAAAGGGAGCGGCGCCACCAGCCCGUAUGCACAACCCUUCCAGCACAACAAUGCCGCGGCCGUCGCGCCUCCAGUUGCUGCUCCUCCUAUUCCUGAACCUGAUUACAGCAUGAGCGAGGGCGAAAGUGACGAAGGUGGCAGCGAAGCGGGCAAGGGCCCAAAGAAGGAGCGCCGCCCCUCGCGCCAGAGCUCGAAGGACUCAAACACGGCCGAGUCCAUCAGCCCGAACGGACCUCUGUCCCCUUCUGCAAGGUCUUCCUGCAUGUCACCCGUGUUCAAAGACCUGCUCGCCCAGAAGGUGGCUGAGAGGCAGACCAGGGUCAACGGGGCGGGCACCCCGGCCGAAGAAACGCCGCCGCCGCCCCCACCCCACGCCAAACAACCAGAGACGCCGUCGACACCCGUGGCAGAAGCGGCACCACCUGCAGCACCGUCUGCCAGCAACUCCUCCUCCUCCGCCGCAGCCACCAACGGCAAUCUACCUCAUAGUUUUAGUGUGGAGGAGAUCCAAAAGGUAAAAACUCAAUUAAAGAGCUCAAAAUCCUAUCCAAAUGACUUCUCCCAGGAGGAUGGUGAUAAUUCAUCAUCGGGGGUGAGUUCGGAUCAGGACACGCAGCCAGAGCCAAAGACUGCGGGCGACACAACCCACCCCCCAAAAUCCUCCUCGCCUCACUCAAAGUCUCAGCAGACCAGGCCGAUCCACACGACCCGCAUCCAAGUAGGCGCGCCUGCAUUUGUGCGCAGCUCCAGCGUGAUCAACAGCGGCCGAGCACCAGGUCAGAAAGGGCCUGCUGCUAUGGCGUUGAAUGUGAAUGGAAAAAUGCCAGCGCCGCCCGAAAAGAAGCCGGCGCCACCACAGCAGGCGCAAAAAGACGAGAUCAAACACAUUUUGGAAGAGAGAACGUGGCAGCCAGACGGAAGCGAGUCCACUGAUGCACCAGAUGCGGUCACCACUCAAAAGCCUAGGAGAAAGAGUGAGGAUGGUGCAGGAACAGCGAGGCGAGCGGGCACUGGUACGCUCACCAGACACGCCGUUUCCCUCGUCCAACUUCCGCCUCCCCAAGAAAGUGAAGGCGAGAGCGAUCACAGUUUACCCCCUGCAAUUCGCCACUCGAACGUGAAUUCAGCCACUCUUCCACACAAGACGACCAAGACCGUCACCUUCCUGGACCACAAAAUCCAGGAGGAGCGCGACCGAGAACGACAGAGAGAAAUCGAACGUGAACGAGAACUUCGACAAAUGCAAAUGCGAGACGGGCCUAUCAUGGCGUCCAAGCUGAUCAUGCCGAAUCACAGGCAGCAGCCACUCUCCACGGCCCACAUGGGCAGCAUGGGCAGACAUGGUGGGCAGCGCAGUCGAGAGGUGGACGCCAUGGGCAGACCCAUUGAAAUGGAGCGCAGCAUUGAGGAGAGUUUGCAGCUCAUUCAAAGGCACGUCGAGCAGCUCAACAUGGUCAGCGUUGUUCCACCUCCGCCGGAAUUUGAUGGAGCUCGAGCAGCGGCCGCCGCUGCCGCCGCAGCAGCACACGCUCACCACUACCACCCGCACCAGGCGACGCACCCCCCGCACCAACACCAGCACCAAGGGGUGAUGCACGCGUCAUACCCGUCGCCACACCAGCAGGCGGCGGCUGCAGCGGCCGGCAGGGCGCACCACCCCCACCUGUACCAUUUGCACCCGGCGCCUGACGAACCGGUGCUGGUGGCGCCGCCGCCAGAGUUCAGCGACCUCGGCGAGCAACACAAGAUGACCAUCAGGGUGAGUGGCGCGACGCGCAACACCCUGCAGCGCAUGACGCCCGAGCAGCAGGCGCAGUACCUGCGGCAGCGGCAACUCGAGGAGAUGGCGCGCCACCGCCACCUCGAGGACCUCAACCGGCAGCGCCAGGAGGCCAUCCGCAUGCAGCAGCAGCAGCAGCAACAGCAAAAGACUGUCCGAAUUGUAGGCACCCUGCCCAAGAAAGCGCCCUGAGACUAGUUUCGUUAAACAGUGAUUUCUCCAUCUUUUUUUCUAAAUAUUUAUACAGGCAUGUUGAAUCUAUUCAAUGAUCUCACUCGGUGGCAAUGAGUCAGCCAGUCAAAGCAAUUUUUCACGAUUUUCAUCCGACACCACAUCGCAAUAGCAACAAAAUAAUAAAUGCCGCCGUCCUUGACUGAAAGGGUCCGGCAACAGAAUUUAUAAAUAAAGAGAACUAUUGAGUUUGCAGGUUGCUGAACCCUUUGAAGGGCUCUUUGUGAAAAAACGCACACACAUCACUUUUUUGGUUUGCGACGCGGUGUUUUUUUCUGUUUGUUGUUCGCUUGUGUGUAAAUAUUUUACAACGAAUUCAUAUUAUAUUAUCAUUGUACGUUGGAUGAGAAGAAGUCAGGGGGCCGCUUGGGAAUCACAGGUCGCCGGCAGUUUACUUGAAAACCCACCACCACGUUUUUCUCGUGCCGAGGAAAGUUAGAAUCCCAAUAAAAAGACUACACUUUGUACAUAACUAAUAAAAAUCAUUAACGCAGUUGAAUGUAUAAAUGUUUGAUAAGAGCCAACAGUUAGAGGUAAAAUUAUACUUCUACGCGAUAAUUAUAGAGUGUGGAGCGCGCGAAUUUGUGACUGAAAAGAGCCACAGCAAAAAACACUUUGACUCGUUUUCAAGCCUCCUUUCAAGUCCAAUGUGUAAAAUGUCAUUCCCAGUUAUUGUGAUUCUUAGUUGGUAAUUUAAAUUAAUUUAUUCAUGCCAAAUUUGUGUCAUAUGUAUUGAUUGAUAACUCGAUUUAUAAACGUGGCGUACAUUAAAAAAAGAGAGAAAAACCUGCUUGUGGAUCGAGAUGCUUUUCAUCGGAAGAUAAAAAAAGAGAAAACGCAUGUAUGAUUUCUGAAUGUUUGUGUAUCAUAUUAUAUUGUUACAUAAAUAAGUUCCCUCGUAAAUUAUCAACAUGAAAAGUCUUCUGCCCCAAAAAUAACGAGGGGCAAACAUUUAUUAUUACCGCCAUCAUUACUCUGUGUAUCGAAACACCCUCGGCCCACACUCCCUCAACUCUUUCUAUCUAUCAAACUCAUCAUUGUGACGAUUAAUGAUCUAUAUUAUGCAGUUGUUUCCGCUCUAUAUUGUUGGAAGAAAAAUGCUCAUGCCAAAGUUUGCGAGGUGCAAUAAUGUUUUUUAUUUCGCGAGAUUUACAAAAAUUCGGCUUCAAUUUCUAGCGCUUUUAGGGAAAAUGCUGACGAGAGCCUAUUAUACAACAUGUUUUGUAAUAAAAAAUCAAACUCAAAUUAUUACUUGUGGAAGAUAUAUCAUUACAACCAUGAUGAUGAAAACAUUGCAAUGAUGGACUAUUGUAUUUUAAUAUUAAACAACAAAAUCGCCUAACGUUCCACAAUAUAAACUAAAAAUAUC